GAGGUCCGGCGGACGUUCCCGGGGACGCUCGGCCACGCGCAUCUCGGCCGUCCUUUAGGCGUGUGCGGCCGCGGCGGCGCUGGCCAUGGCGCCCUGGGUGGGCGCCGGGCUCCUGCGGCUCACCCCCAUCGGCGCCUUGUGGCUCAUCCUGGCCUGCGCCUUCCUGCUGGCCCUGCUGCUGCAGACCGUGCUGCCCAGCGUCUUUCCCCCGGGGCCUUGGGCUCUGUCCACCUUUUUCCACGACCUGAUCCGCUAUGGAAAAACCAAGAGCGUGGGACAGCAGCGCCCGACCUCCUACGAGGUCUUCGAUGUCCCCAAGAGGUGGUUUUGCCAUUUCUAUAUCAUUUCAGUGGUAUGGAAUGGCUUCUUACUUCUAUGUCUUAUCCAAGCCCUGUUCCUAGGAACACCCUUUCCAGUGUGGCUUCAGGAUUUGCUCAGAAAACUUGGGGCUUCACAAAUGCAAGGUGAUGAGCUGGUGCUGUCGGCCUUCUUGGUUCUGAUAUUUAUGUGGCUCCACAGUACACGAAGACUCAUGGAGUGUCUCUUCAUCAGUGUGUUCUCCGAAAGCGUGAUUCACAUAGUUCAGUACUGCUUUGGAAUCUCUUAUUAUGUUAUUAUUGGCUUAACUGUGCUCACCCAAGUGCCAAUUGAUGGAAGAAAUGUUUAUGUAGGGAAAAGUCUCUUGAUGCAAACACGUUGGUUCCAUAUCCUGGGAAUGAUGAUGUACAUCUGGUCAUCUGUCCAUCAAUACAGGUGCCAUGUCAUCUUGGCUAAUAUGAGGAAAAAUGAAUCAGGAAAGGUCAUUCACUCUAACUACAGAAUUCCUUUUGGAGACUGGUUUGAGUAUGUUUCUGGCCCUAAUUAUUUUGCAGAACUGAUGAUCUACGUGUCCAUGGCUGUCACCUUUGGAUUCUACAAUUUUACCUGGUGGCUUGUGGUAUCAUAUGUCCUCUUCAGCCAGGCCCUGGCAGCUGUUUUGAGCCACAAAUUUUACCUGAGCAAGUUUGACUCCUAUCCAAAGCAUAGGAAGGCUUAUGUGCCAUUUUUGUUUUAAGAUUGUCUGCAUUUUAAAAACAAAACAAAACCUUUUCAGGUUCUGAGCAAGAAGAUUUACAUUCCAAGAGCAAAAGUGAUGGAAUAAUGGUAUAGGAAGAGAAAUACUUUACACUAAGGCAUGGUGUGCCGGACAGAACUAUCCAAAAAUAUUGUUUCCGUUUUUAUAUGAAAACCAGAAUGGAUAAAAUAGCCUCAUGAGCAGAAAGAAAGAAACUUAAAGAAAUAAGUGUUUCUAGGUGGUUUCUAGUGCUUCAUCCUAAGUAGUACUUAGAAAACAAACCAACUGCAGCAGAUAAGACUUUUCUAGGCCACUUCAAAGCACACCAAGAAGAAUUAUUGCGAUGCUUUGGGAAAAAAAAGAAGAAAUAAGAUGGAAUGUGACUCUGGAGGGUUUGUCCAGUCAGUAUGAGGUUUACUAACCAGGCUAUACCCGCAAAGGCCCAUCAAGAAUGUAGGAUACGCCUCCUGUCUUUUUGCACUCUCUUAACAUCUGAAAAUGACAAAAUACUACAGCAGCCUACAGGUGAAUUCAGGGAAAACGAGUUUUUUGGAACUAGUUUGUUCUAUCCAAAAGCUCGGAGAACUUGGAAGCACCUAUAGCCGCUUUGCUUGGUUCACAGCCUAACUUGAAUGCUCAGUGAAAACCCCGUUUUCAGGUUGCAUGUCAUGGGACUGCCUUAUAGUUGUAAGCUUCUUAAAAUGACAACUUUUUUGAUAGGUCAGGAGCUGAGCUGUCUUGAACUUGCUUAAUCCUGGACACGCUAUAGCAAAUAGUGCUUUGAUGAGGUUCUCAUUGUCAGUGUCCAGCUGACUCCUGUUUGCCUGAGUUGAUUUCCAUUUCCAUUAUGUGAAGAGCCUUCAAAUACUCAGUCUGUUGGAUUUAGUCAUUUAAGCAGCACUGUAUAAACAAAUGGGGACGUGCUGACUAGCCUCACCACAAAGGAGUUAUUGAUACUUAACAUUUCAAAGACUUAAAAUAUUUCUGUUACAACUCAUCUCAGACUGAAAAAGUUCACAUUUACAUAGGAAAGGGAUAAUGUUUACACUUCUAAAAAUAAAGAAUUAAGAAUUAAGUAUCACCCAUGAUUAAUGAAAGAAUGAUAAUGUGAUACAUGAGCAAAUGAUCCCUAAACUGGAAAAAAAAAAAGCCAGCCCAGCCCCCAGGGCCUCCCCACUGGAAUUCAGUGCAGUAGCACCAGACUUUCUGUUUUGUAGGUUAAGAUAUUACUUCUCAGUCAAAUUCCUUUUAAGCUCCCUUUCAACAAUCUUGAGUUCAUAAUUUUAAAAGCACAAAGAUGUGAUGACUAUGUUCUCUUCUAAGAGCAAGACCCUUUGUCAUUGGCUGGAGGUAUAAUGAUGCAUAAUCCAAAAACAUUCUACUCUCAUAAGAAAUGCAGAUAAAUCAGAUGCUAUUGUUGAACUUCAGGUUUUUGGCUAGUAUCAAAUAUAAGUCUGACUAGGCACAUUCUAAAGUUAUUAUCCUAUUCUUACAGAAAUGCUGCCCUUUGUGAUUGUAUCUAAUUUGGGGCAUAGGAGAUAGCCAUAUGUUUUCAGGUAGGUGUAUGCCAUUUAACUAUACAGUUAGUGACAACUGUAUAGAUGAUAGUGGUAGAAGCAGAGAGAGAAGAGGGAUAUAAGCCAUUGUUCCUUUUGAGUUUAUGCAAGUGCUGCUUAUAUUUCUAAAGGUUAAGGUUCAGCUGACUUUUCAUCUCCUUUAUAGGUGAAUAUUUGCAACAUAUAACCAUUAUCCUCUACUGAUAAAUGGGAAUCUGCCUCUUUACGUGUUACUGCAGAAUCCUUUAUCAGAAGCUUCUUCCCUCUCUCUUGUUUUCUCUCUUAGUCUUCACUUCAUUAGAAACUAUGCUGGCCCAAAUAUAAUUCAUGCUUUUCUCCCCCUCCCAAAUGUGGCUUGUAUGAAAUUUGAGUAUGGUCUAUAAGCUUUGGUGUUCUGGGUUUGGUUUUUCCCCCCCCCACUUUGUCUUUCCUUUCAGAUUUAGCAGUACAACCUAUAUUCAGACCAAUAGUAUAAAGUUUUCCAGAGAAAUACAUCAGUUAUCAGGAGUAAGGGAAGAAUCUUUAGCAUAGCUCAAGAAUGAAACUACUACUGCUCUGGCAGUAGUAAAUGUAAAACACACCAUAGUCACUUACUGAUAAAUCAAUAUAUCUGCCCACAUGGCACAAAUAAUCCCAAACAUUAGAGAAUGAAAGAGUCAUUUGCACUUGGCUUUAGAAGACAUUUUUCAACUCGGUAUGGGAAUAUAGAGUAUAGCAGCAACAUGCUGAACCCAGCAAGGACUGGGCUUAAAACCAGGAAGAUCUAGGUUCAUAUCCCACCCUCUGCCACUUUGGGACUGCUGGGUAAGUAGUGCAACUCCCUAGGACUGAUCUGCCAAAUCAUAGAGGGGUCAUAAUGUUCAUUAAUUGAAGGAGUUCCCUACGUAGGGAAAUCACCCAUCUUCGAGUCUUUGUAUUUUAGAAUUUAGAUCUGUCUGAUAUUCCAGGAAUAUAAAGGACUUCAAACCAAAUAAUAAGGGCCCUGUGCAGAAGCCACUGUUACUAGAAAGUUCUUCAGUUUCAUCAUUCUGUCUUCCUCUUCCUGGUCCUUUUUAUCUCCUAAUUUUCCAGGAUAAUUUGAGCUACACUUAUAGAGACAAUUGUUUUGAUUUUUAAAGCCAGAAAGGUCCAGUUGUAAGAACCAAAAUAUGGGCUGGAGCUUAACAUCUGCCUCCUUGAAGGCUUUUCCAGCUUUUGUGGGGCUAUAGACUAAGCAGGGGAAGUGGCAAGGUCAUCAGAGGAGCUGAAGGCGGAGCAAAGAACUGAGCCAGCCAUUGGGCAUUGACUUGUUACCUUUUGCUGGAGAAUCCUUGCAAAACCAGAGUCGGCAUUGUACUCUGUGAGAUCAUGGUGAACAGCCCUUUGUGCCUAAGUGAAAACUGUCAGAUUCUUGGAAGGUUCCACAAAUAUCCAACUCUGCCCAUGUAGAAAUGUUCCAGUGGUAUAAAGUCUUGAGUUCUUCAGUUGGCUUCCUUUGGCAGUGCUGAGGAUUAACUCAAUCUCUCUGACUUCCUCUGUACAAUACAAAAGAUAAAUCAUGUGCUACCUCAUGAUAAUAGUGUGGCUUACCUAGGGACCAAAAAUGUACUGAGGAUGAGUCACGUGUGACUCCACAUUUUAGCUCUCACCCUUGUAUGCUGGUGUUGGCCUUCAAUAAACAUAAUUUGGUUAGCCUUAUCCCUUAAGUAUGCACUGUAUACUUUGCAUUCAAGGAUCCAAAAUUUCAUUUGUGGGGGGUCUCCCCUCUGCUGAUGCAGAUCACAAACCAACCAACCCCUACACGAGCCUUAGUAGAUGUUUUCAUAAGUCGUACCCUCUUCUCCCUACCUCCCUGCCCCCUCUCCCAAAAUGUAUACAAUAGUCAACGUUCUAGCAUUUUGUCUCAGCUUAGCUAGGCUAGUCUCUAAGCAACAGAUACAUAGUCUGUCUCUGUACCCAUUCUUGGAGCCUUUUUAGCUUGUGGCUAGAGCUUGGACUCUGCUGGUAUGGCCUUUGAGGGCUUAAGGCCUUCACAUCAUGAUAAAACAUUAGACUCUUAGGGAAGCAGUUGUAUUCUGUAUUAUAUAUUUAAUUCCGUUUACUGGUGCUCAUAUAUAUCCUGCAAUAAAAUAAUUUUUUCCAG